AUGCGCUUCUCCACAACGACCCUCCUGGUGACCGCACUGGGAUGGUUCUCCGCCGUGACCGCACACAACAUCCAGCUCAAAUCCCACUCCCGCGAAUGCUUCCACGAGAACCUGCACCGCGGCGAUCGGAUGACCGUCAGCUUCCAGGUCGGCGACCGGGAAUUCGGCGGCAGCGGCAACCUCGAGAUUGACUUUUGGGUCGAGGACCCCUUGAACAACCGUCAAUACUACAAACAAGCCAUCUCCUCCGAGGACUACUCCUUCGAUGCCCACGCCGACGGAAAAUACGUCUACUGCUUUAGCAAUGAGGGCUGGACCUCCAACUCCAAGGAGGUCUCCUUCAACGUCCACGGAAUCGUCUACGUGCCCGAGUCGGAGAUGACCCAGGAUCCCCUUGAGGUGGAAGUCCGCCGGUUGUCGGAGGCGCUGGCCCAGGUCAAGGAUGAGCAGUCGUAUAUCGUGGUGAGAGAACGGGUGCACCGGAACACGGCAGAGAGCACCAACGCUCGCGUCAAGUGGUGGAGUCUCUUCCAGCUGGCCGUGCUUAUUGGCGAGGGUAUCUUCCAGGUGUGGUGGUUGAAGAGAUUUUUCGAGGUCAAGCGCGUUGUCUAA